GGAUUUGAAUCGGCGGCGGUUGCGGCGGCGGCGACAUGGAGGCGGUGGGGCGGAGCCUGGAAGCUCAGCUCCGGAGCUACGUCGGCAGCGACCCGCUGGAACCGUGGGACAGGUACGCGCGGUGGCUGGAGGGCUGCCUGCCCGCCUCGGAGCGGCGAGCUCAGCUGCCUGGCCUCCUAGAGCGGCUGGUGGCGGCGUUCCUGCCGGACGGGAGGUACCGCCGGGACCCCAGGUUCGUCGGCUACUGCCUGAAGCUGGCAGAGUUCAUCACCUCUCCUUGUGAGUAUUUUGACUACCUGUAUGGACAGGGAGUUGGUGCAAAUGCCUCUGCCUUCUACAUUGCGUGGGCUCAGCAGCUGGUAAAUGAGGGCAAGGUGCAGUGUGCGAUAGCUGUCCUUCAAAAAGGAUUUCACAACCAGGCACAACCACAAGAGAACUUGGAACAGCUAUACUGCUGGCUGCAGAAUUACGAUCCUCAGAAUCCUCUGCAAGGUGCUGCUGUUAUAAAGCCACUUCAAACUUCACAUGCUGCAAAUCAAAUGUCUCCUCGGAAAAGUGUUACGAAUCUCAAUGAUCCAGCAUAUACUUGCAAUAAUCAGGGUCCUGAUUGUGCUGGUACUCAGUCCUGCUCUUCUGGUGAAAGAGAAGUAAAGUAUGUGACAUACCUCUCCAAAUCUGAAGUUCUUCCUAAGUCGUCAUCUGCUGCUGUUGAAUGUGAGCAGGUUGCGAUGUAUAAUAAAAACCUGCUCAUAUGUGAAGGCUCUGAACUUUCAUUUGAGGAGCUCAGAGCCAAGCGAUACUUCAAGAAAUACGAGCGCCUCAGAAGACAGAAAGAACGCGGAGAAGAAGAGAGAGAUUCCAUAAGAAGAAAAGAGUCAGCUGUCCUUGAACUGCAAGCCCUGCAGCAGAAGCUAGAACAGCUCACUCAGCUCACCAAAAGUUUGGAGGAAACUAGACUGGAACCAGCAUCUACAACAUUAGCUGAACAAAAUAAGCCAUCAGUAUAUCCACAUGUAGCACCCACCAGAGCUCUGCAGCAGAAAUGGAUGGCAUCUUGUCAAAGCUCAGGUCUGCAAACCCUCCAAGGGCUGGUGCCAGACCAGCUUCAGUCAAGCACUUUGUCAUCAAAUGUUCUUACACUGAAGUCCGCGAACCCAGUUGGCCACCAGAUGAAAUCUUCCUUGUUGUUGGAAGAAACAUACAAGAAGGACACAAUCAAAACUCAGCAAGAGCUUGGAGAAGUCCAGAAGAGUUUGUUACACCCUCCAUUCAACAGUGCUCCAGCUCAGGAAGAGGUGCGUCCUGACUCGACUCUUACUUGGAGCACUGGAGAACAGCACUCUAAAAAGAGAUCCACUGGACUAGCUACUUGUGUGGACGUGAAGGAAGCAUCUAGAGUUGGAAAUUCUUCCUUUGCUUCUGGAAAUGCUUCUCAAGCUACACCAAAUACCUCUGUUGGAGGAGCAGCGCAGGCAACGCCAUUCAAAGUGCAACCUUCACCUACAGUUCAUACCAAAGAAGCAUUGGGAUUUCUAAUGGAUGUGUUUCAAACACCCUUCUCACCUGAACCAUCUCUUGAAGAAAGUGAGGAGCAAUUUGAGUUUUUUUGUAGAAAAAGAGAGCCUGAUGGAACCUUGAAAGUUAAGGUUGCUGCCCCUGUUGUGCCUAUGUUUUCUAUCUUUGAAGAUGAGAAUGAAAAAGAGAACAGCAGAAUCCCACAGCGUAAAAAGAAGCCAGAAGAGCCCAGAACUAUUGGACAACGUCCCUUGACUGACUGUACAGAAGAAGAAACAGGGACACCAGAGUUCUUGAGGGAUGAUUAUACGGUGUGGAAUGUACCAUGUAGUAAUAAAACAUUAGCUGCCAGUCCAAACAACACACGAGACUUUGCACGAGCUGCCCAGCUUGUAUCAACACCAUUUAAUUACCUGUCGGCACAUUCAAGACGAGCUUUGGAGGACAAAGCUCCCGGGGAUGACAUGCUGCAAAUGGAUUUGGAGUUUUCUGAAGAACUGCACAGACAGGCAAAAACUAAGAAGCUAAGCCCUGCUCUUGAACACAUUGCAGAACAAGGAGAGCAUCAAGGAAAUGUUAUUGCUACAGCUGCUUCUCACAGAUUACAUGAGCAGACUGCCACUAGUAGAGCUGAAUAUUCGUCUGUUGGGCUGGACAAGAAUUCCCAUGACAAGCUGUCUGGAACUGAGCAGGACAGGACAGCCAGGACUGGUAGAGCUUCAGUCCUUGUUGAGAACCCAUGGGAUAAGGAAUUGAUUUGCAAAUUCUUAUCAGAGCUUCCUAAACCACUCAACACCUACGACAACUGUUUUGAAUGGAAAUCUGCUCUUCCAACCAUCAAACUGAAGGCUGAACUCCCCUUGGGUUCUAGCUCAUUCCAUGUGGACUGCUUGGUUGGAGAAGGAGCUUUUGCUCAAGUCUAUCAGGCUUCCAUUCUGGAUGCCAGUAACCCUAGAAACAAUCAGAAAGUAACAUUCAAGGUCCAGAAACCUGCUAAUCCUUGGGAGUUCUACAUAGCAACCCAACUGGUAGAAAGACUUGAUCCAAGUAUACGCCAUCUUUAUAUCCACUUUUAUUCUGCUCAUUUUUUUCAAAAUGGAAGCAUUUUAGUUGGUGAGCUCUACAACUAUGGAACAUUGCUGAAUGCCAUAAACAUUUACAAAAAACUUCCUGAAAAGGUGAUGCCUCAAGCACUUGUAAUCUAUUUUGCUGUAAAAAUUCUUUAUAUGGUAGAAGAGCUCCACAGCUGCAAAAUCAUCCAUGGUGACAUUAAACCUGAUAACUUCCUACUUGGAGAAAGGUUUUUGGAUAAUGAUACAUGUGACAUUGACGGCCUCUCUCAUGGCUUGACACUCAUUGACUUGGGACAGAGUAUAGAUAUGAAACUCUUUCCUGAAGGAACCGCGUUUACUGCAAGGUGUGAAACAUCUGGGUUCCAGUGUAUUGAAAUGCUGACACAGAAACCGUGGAACUACCAGACAGACUACUUCGGCGUAGCAGCAACAGUCUACUGCAUGCUCUUUGGUACCUACAUGCAAGUGAAGAAUGAAAAUGGUGUCUGGAAGCCUGAAGGUUCCUUCAGAAGGCUUGCCAAUGCUGAAGUGUGGAAAGAGUUCUUUGACAGCAUGCUAAACAUACCGAAUUGCCAUAGCCUGCCUACUUUAGCAGUUCUACGCAAAAGGCUGAAGGACUUAUUUUGCAAGUCAUAUGCAAAGGAAAUAAAGUUCCUUCGGAACAGACUUGUUGUGUUGCUCAUAGAGCACAAACGAUCACGAAAAUAAGCAUUUAGCUUACAAAGUGGUUGAGAAUUGGAACGUCCUGAAUGCGAAAUCUUUUUGUAAUACCUUGUUUUAAAAAAUAAACGUUCUUGGGUUAGCUUCAGGAA